AUGGUGCAUAAUUCAGAGGAAAACCCUUACAAUCACUCUAUUUCCAUUGAAAAUUUAAACCGCUAUAAGCAUUUUCUCUAUGGACUUAACUCCCAAGUUAAUCAGCUUGAGAAGCAAGUAAAGGAGGUUGAACAGUUUUACCAAUCCAUUGAUGUUCUAAACAAUGAUUGCAAAAACAAAGGUCGGGAGAAGCCUCCUACUGGAUCUAGGAAGCCGCUGCAAUGUGCUUCAGAAGAAAUGCAAGAGGUCAUGCGCCAUUUCUCCAAAAUGUUGAGUGAGAUAACUCAGCACAGAUGGGCAUGGCCCUUUUUGGAACCUGUAGAUGUUGAAGGUCUUGGGCUGGAUGAUUAUUUUGAGAUCAUAGAGAAGCCUAUGGAUUUUAGCACUAUAAAAAGAAAAAUGAAUGCUAAAGAUGGCUCUGGUUAUAAAAAUGUGAGGGAGAUAUAUGCUGAUGUAAGGCUGAUUUUUAAUAAUGCAACGAAAUACAAUAAUGAUGAAAAGAGUGACGUCCAUGUGAUGGCCAAGACCCUGCUGCACAAAUUUGAGAAGAAAUGGUUGCUUCUUUUGCCUAAAGUUGCUAAGGCGGAGAGUGAACUAUCAAAAGAAGAAGCACGUGAGAAUUUGACUAAAAAGCUUGCUCAAGAAACUGCUUAUGCCAACAUGACUAGGAAGUUAAGCGCUGAGCUUUCUAAGGCAGAUAUGACUUUGACGAAUCUCAAAACUACAAUGAUUGCAAAAUGCAGGAAACUGUCACCUCUGGAGAAAUCAUUACUUGCAGCUGAAAUUACCAAAUUGUCUCCGGAUAACCUUCGCAACGCGUUAGAGAUACUUAAUGAGAAUAAUCCAAAUUUCCAAUAUAGUGUUGACGACGUGACUACUGAAGAUGUGACCCUUGACCUCGACUCUCAGAGCAACUACAACGCGUGGAGAUUGUAUAUGUUUGUCAAAAACGCGUUAGAACUUCAAGAUGCAACAAGCGCGGUUACUCAUGAUAACAACAUUGAGGAAAAGGAACCAGAUGCCAAAAAAAGGAGAAUGGUGUGA